GGACACAGCACGGCAUGAGCCUACAUGUAGUUCUUAAUAUUGGCAUGCUUCCCCCCCAGCACGUAUAAAGCAAUGACAGCUCGGUUCUGGUCUCCAGUGUGGAUUAUAUAUCUCCAUCUCUGUAUGCAUCAUGCUCUUGCAGAGAACACAGUAAUCAUGUGUGAAUUGGGAGACACAGUGUUCCUUCGGCCCAACAUCAGUGUUAAGGGCGAUGACGUGAGGUGGUCAUUUAAUAAUAAGCUGCUGACAAAAAUGAUAAAUGAUUCAAGAAAGUACGCAAGGUCAGCACGUGGAGACUUGAUUAUAUGCAGAGGACACAAAAGAGAUUCUGGUUCAUACAAGGUUGAUGUAUUCAAGGAAUCAGGUGAACUGAGAAUAGCUCAAACAAUCAAUCUCACGAUCAAAGGUGAUCACUUAAGCCUUCUUGAGACCCAUCAUUGCAACAAUGACGGUAAAAGUGAACAUGUGACAUGCGAGCAAACCACUAGACGAGCAGGAUACGUGUCAACUAUUGUUGUCUUGUCGUCUUUUGUUUUGGUAACUAUCGUCCUAGUUGUGUUUGCGAAUACAAUGAAAAAAACUCCAUCAACAAGGAAAGAGGAUGCUACUGAAAAUCUUUAUCAAGAGAUGCAUGGUAACCUACUGAAAAAGAGAGGAGAGAGGGCCACUGUAGAUCCAAAUUCCUCACAUUAUGAUAUCCCAAUGAGAUUGCUGAAGAAGAAAAGCACAAAGAGACAGAAGUUUGAUUUUGAUGACAACGUGUAUGUAUAACAGUUGUCAUCAUCAUCAUCUUCAUCAUCAUCAUCAUCAUCAUCAUCAUUGACAUCACUGCCAUUAUUGCCAUCAUCAUCAUCAGUAUCAUCAUCCAUGACACUUCAGUCUCCAGAUAAGCAACCAUAAAUAAUAAACGUAGUCGUUAUGUUUUUUGUUUUCUUCUGAUAUAGCAGUCGCUCUCCUCUUCUUUAACCACUAGGUGGCAGCACUUUGUCACUUUAGGUAUAGGCGAGUGCAAGACAUUGAGCAGCUGACUGAAGCAGCAGUCUUCAGUCUACUUUCAGUAGAAUUUAUUAUCAAAUGAUUCUAUGAGCUUGUGUUUUUCAGCUUUAUGGUGUGUUUAGCUAUUGGGUAGUUUUAUAUGAUAGUUGUUCUAAGAUCAUUUUAAAAUGAUGACAUGUUACAAAUACCAGAUGUUUAGGAAAUAUUCCUAUAUUAGACUUCGAGUAUGCCAUAUCCAGCUACCAACAUGGAUUCAUCCUGUCUAAGCCUUUUUGCUGUAUAUUUUAAAAUCUAAAAUUGAAAAUUCAAGAUCUGAAUUAAAAAACAAAAUAGAAUAAAAAUAUAUAUUUUUAAAAAUGCCAUUUUCAAAAUGUCAUAAAUUCACCCACUUAUCUGAUAUAGUAACAACAUUAUUAUUACUAUUGCAGUAAACCUGUAAGUUGCAUUAGAACAGAAAAUUAUGGAAAGGUUAGAUAUUUUGUAGAAAUAAAACUGAUUUGUAACGGACCACAGAAAGCCUAGUUUUGUUAAGGUGAAUGAAUAAAUGCUCUUAUGGGGAAAUCAUGUGCAUCAGUUAACAUUAUGACAGAGGAACCAGUUCACAUGAAUUAGAAUGAGUUAAGACCUCAUAAGAAUACAGAUAUUAGGGGAGGAAAAAUUGUAUUACAAAUAUCCAUUUUAUGACCUGCAUUGUAUUUGUAGCUCAAUUUGAUACAGACUGUGCAAUAUGAUUUAUUAAUCAAGUAAUUUAUUUCAAAAGUAAUGUUUCUUUCUUUGCUACUGGUUUGAUUUUUAUUUUACGAUUAUUGCUAUAGUGCUAG